GUGCAACAAAAUGUAUAUAACCAUAAAUAUCUAUAUUUAACUUAUAUACUCAAAAAAAUUAUCCGACGAACGAAUAUUCAUUUGACCAUCCUUCGUUGGCUGUGGCUCCGCCACUGUUGUGAUGUCUUUUCUCUUAUUUAAACUGUUCACCUUUUUUUGAAGAUGCGUUGAGGAAUUGGGUUACCAUUAAAUAGGUAGACAUGGAAUUGUCCUAAUAUGGAGUAUAAUUUGUGAAUUAAUGAAAAAUAGAGUGGAGCUAGCAUAGCCUAAAUAUGUCCUGCAGAUUCCAAGUCACGGGCAUAUAUUACUGUAGCUAUGAAGCUGUAAUCCAUAAGAAGUGUUAAUCUCAUAAUUUACUUCCAUGAUAAAAGUCUAUUUCCACCAACUGUUUAUUCUUUUUAGCAGUAUAAAUACCCUGCCUUAGUACCAUUUAAUUUGUUCAGUCAUCUUUGCAAGUAAUAUACAUACUUUCUGCUUUAGCUUUCCUGCAAUAACAUGGCUUCCAUAACUAGAGCCUCAUCACUUACCCUUUUCCUCUCGUUCAAUCUCCUUUUCUUUGCCAUUGUCAGUGGAACUACUGACUGUUUCUCCUGUCCUUAUCCUCCUAGAAAUGGUAGUGGUGGCCAGAAGGGUGGUGGCUCUGGCAAUGGUGGAGGAUCUGGUAAAGGCGGCGGUUCCGGAAGCGGAGGUGGCGGGUCUGGUAAUGGCGGAGGUUCGGGAAACGGAGGUGGCGGCUCUGGUAAUGGCGGAGGUUCGGGCAACGGAGGUGGUAACGGGAACGGUGGAGGCAAUGGAGGUGGCAGCGGAAAUGGUGGCGGGAACGGAGGUGGUAAUGGAAAUGGUGGUGGUAAUGGAGGUGGUAGCGGGAAUGGCGGCGGCAACGGAGGUGGUAGCGGUAAUGGUGGAGGCAACGGUGGUGGUACCGGAAAUGGUGGAGGCAAUGGAGGUGGUAAUGGAAGGUGCCCAAGAGAUGCACUGAAACUUGGGGUAUGUGCUAAUUUACUAAAUUUGGUGAAUGUAGUGGUGGGUUCUCCUCCAACUUUGCCAUGUUGUAGUUUGAUCCAGGGGCUGGCGAAUCUAGAGGUGGCAGCUUGCUUGUGCACAGCCAUAAGAGCAAACAUACUGGGACUAAAUCUGAAUGUGCCGCUGACUCUUAGCCUCAUCCUCAAUAACUGUGGAAUGAAUAAUACUGGCUUCACUUGCUAAGCGGACGCGUGCAGUUUAUUAAUUUAUCCCCAUUAUGUUCUUUAUUACUAUGUCUAUCAUUUUGUAUUAGCUUUGAAUAAUUCCUUGUUUGUUGUGUUGUGCUAAUUAUAUUGUUUUAAAUAAGCGAACUUGCAUCAUGAAAUCAAGCAGGUUCGUGAAGCAGCUGGUUCAUAUCUGUACUCAAAGGUUUACUGUGAUAUAUGGAGUGUCUUUUUUCUUUUGUAA